CCUUCUACUUUUUGGGUUAAUCACUCAGCGAUGGUACUGAGUGGUCAAGACUAGCCUGGCGCUACUUAUUCCAGCAGUAGGCUCGAAUAUUAAUUGAAUUGGUUGCCCUUUCACACACACUCAACUGCUCUACUUUCACUAUCAUUAUACUCACUCUUCCAUUCAAUUAAACAAUAACUCUACUGUACUGUACUAGCAAGAAAUGGAACAGCUCAUGGUUUCCUCAUCUCCCAUGGCACCUGCCUCUCUACCUCCUUCUCUUCCGGCAGAUAUUAACCAGCUCCCUUUAGGCCUUCAACAGAUGCUUCAGUAUGUUGUCAAAAGUCAGCCUGAAUGGUGGGCGUACGCUAUUUUCUGGCAAACGUCUAAUGAUGAUGAGGGGAAGGCGUUUUUAGCUUGGGGAGAUGGGUAUUUCCAGGAAAGUCGUGCAGGUAGUAACAACAAAGGCAGUGGCAGGAGCAGCGGCAGUGGCAGCAGUUUACAUUCACAGGCCCAAACUGAGAGGAAAAAAGUUAUUAGAGGAAUUCAAGCGUUAAUGGAUGGUAACGGGGAUAAUAGUCCGGUGGACGAUGUUGAUGUAACCGACCCUGAAUGGUUCUACGUGAUGUCCUUGGCUGGUUCUUUCUCUGCUUUCGACGGAACGGUUUUGGGUAAAGCCUUGGGUAGUGGUGUUUUUUUGUGGCUGACAGGUUCGGCUCAAUUUGAGGCUUUUAACACGUGUGAAAGGGCUAAAGAAGCUCAGAUCCAUGGGAUUCAGACACUUGUUUGCAUUCCAACGACAAACGGCGUGCUCGAAUUGGGCUCGACUCACCUAAUCAAACAGAACUUGACCUUGGUUCAACAGGUUGAGAACCUGUUCCUCUGUUGUCCAUCCGUUCAAUUUCUCGAGGAAACCAUUUGUUUUGCUGAUAUUGGCCUUGUCACCGGCUUGCAACAAGGCGAUUACAAUGAGGAGAAAUUUGUAGAAAAUAGACAAAAACAGCAGCUGCCCGAUUCCGGUAAACUAAAAACAGUAGCCAAAAAAAGGGGAAGAAAACCCAAGGGUUUCGUGGAGGAUGUUAAUAUGGUGGCGAUGAACCACGUAGAGGCUGAGAGACAGAGGAGGGAGAAGCUGAACAGCCGAUUCUACGCGCUACGCUCCGUAGUCCCCAACGUCUCCAGAAUGGACAAAGCGUCGUUGCUAUCAGACGCAGUGUCGUACAUCAAUCAACUCAAAGCCAGAGUGGAUGAACUCGAGUCGCAGCUAAUCGAUAGCAAUAAUAAGAAACUGAAAAUCAUAACGGAGUCAUCAUCAGCUGAUAACCAGAGCACUACUACUUCACCUGACGACCAAGUUGUUAUCAAGGCCAAUUCAACGGCAGCGCCCGCGGAGGUUGAAGUGAAGAUAGUAGGCACAGAUGCAAUGAUCAGGGUUCAAUCCGAAAACGUAGAUUAUCCAUCAGCGAAACUCAUGAAUGCUCUUCAACAUCUACAAAUGCAAGUACACCAUGCCAGCAUCUCAACCGUCAAUAAUCUCGCCAUUCAUGAUGUUGUGGUUAGAAUUCCUCAGGGAUUAAGCACUGAAGAUGAAUUAAGGACCGCUCUACGCAGUAGAUUAGAACACUAAGCUAGUUACCCUGAACCCGAAUUUGUUGGAUCAGUAAGCUCCGAAUAUUAUCAGUGGUACUACAGUCUUGGUUGUUUUUCACAACGGCGAAUAGUUGUGUCGUUUAAUGUGUCUUUAAGGAUGCUUGCCUAUCUUUCAUAUUUUGUGAAAUCAAUCAUAUGUUAUAAAGCUAA